AUGGGAGCACCAGGCACGGGAAAAUCUCGUCUCUCUGUUGACCUUGCCACCGAUUUUCGAGGAGAAAUAAUCAACUCGGACAAAAUGCAAGUAUUUAAGGGACUUGAAAUCGUGACCAACAAGAUCACACACGGUGAGAAACAAGGUGUACGACACUAUUUGCUAGGUGAAAUUGAGCCAGAUUCCAAUUUCACGGCUGAAGAUUUCUGUUUGAAGGCCAUUGUCUACAUAGAAAUUUUUUUGAAGACUCAAUGUGUUCGAAAUAUUGUUGGAGGGUCAAAUUCUUAUUUUGAAAAACUUUUGGAAGACCCUGUGUUCAUGUUCAAAUAUAAGUGUGACAGUUGCUUUAUUUGGAUUGAUGUAGAGCAAUCAGUCUUGAACCGUAGAGUUGACACGAGGGUUGAUGAAAUGGUCAGUGCAGGUCAAAUUGAGCCAUAUUCCAACUUCACGGUCAAAGAUUUCUGUGUGAAGUCCAUUGUCUACAUAGAAAAUUUUUUGAAGACUCAAUGUGUCCCAAUUAUUGUUGGAGGAUCAAAUUCGUAUAUUGAAAAACUUGUGGAAGACCCUGUGUUCAUGUUCAAAUAUAAGUAUGACAGUUUCUUUAUUUGGAUUGAUGUAGAGCAAUCAGUCUUGAACAGUAGAGUUGACACGAGGUUUGAUGAAAUGGUCAAUGCAGAGCAAUCAGUCUUGAACCGUAGAGUUGACACGAGGGUUGAUGAAAUGGUCAAUGCAGUGGAUGAGGUGCGGCAAAUUUUCAUCCCAGAUGCAGAUUACACCAAAGGAAUCCGACGGUCCAUUGGUGUCCCUGAAAUGGCCAAAUAUUUAAGGGAAGAAAAAAAUAUGGACGAAGAUGAUGAAUCGAAGAAGAUGAUUCUUCAAGCUUCAAUUUCAAGUAUCAAGCACAAUACUCGUAAAUUAAUUUGUAACCAACUUGAGAAGAUUCAACGAUUAAUAAAUGAGAAAAUGUGGCCAGUGCAUCAUAUUAUUGCUACUGACGUUUUCGAAGAAGAUGGAAAAGAAGCUGUUGACGAAGAAUGGAGGAAUACUGUUUUGCAACCAUGCCUAGAUAUUGUUAAAAGAUUUCUCAAAAAUGAUGAUCACAAUAUUAGUAUUGAGUGUACAUAA